UUACAGGGAACCUUCUCCAUCGUUUUGAUGGCCGUCUGUGACAGCGACCUCAAGUUUGUCGUUGUGGAUGUUGGAGCAUUUGGUCGUCAGAGCGAUGGGGGCACGCUUAGCUUGUCACGGUUUGGCAAGUGCCUCGAAAAUGGCAAACUUGGCCUUCCCGCCCCAGAGACCCUGCCCGGCACAAACACACAGGCACCACACGUAUUUGUAGGAGACGACGCUUUUCAGCUACGGCAGGACUUCCUCAAGCCCUACUCGGGACGACAACUGGGUAGUGAGAAGCGAAUUUUCAACUACAGGCUCAGCAGGGCAAGGAGUUGUGCGGAGAACACUUUCGGUGUAAUGGUUUCUAGGUUCCGAAUUUUACGCCGCGCCAUCAACUUGCUGCCAAAGAAUGUGGACUACAUCGUGAUGGCAUGCUGUGUGCUUCACAACUUUCUUCGGGACGACGCCAUCUACAUGUCCCAGUGCUACGAUGACGUAACUGCACAAGAGCAGGAAAAGAGUGGCUGCGAUGGCACUGCACUGAUGAGUCUGCAGCCACCUGUUGGCCACAACUACACUAGAUCCGCAGCAGCCACACGGGAUCUGUACUGCGAUUAUUUUGUAAGCGUGCACGGUGCCAUCCCAUGGCAGCAAAAGCAUGCUGGCGUGCGACCGUGA